AUGCUUGACACCACCACUCCUGCAGAGCUAAACAAGUACCUCGCUGUGUUCAUCACGGACUAUGAGGCCUGGAUGGAGUUGGUGGAUCUCUACCUGGAAGAGGGCAAGUUGGAAUUAGCGAGCUUCUGCUUGGAGGAUGUCAUUCUGUCACACCCCCACGAUGACAAGUUCUUCACCUUGCAUGGAGAGAUCAUGUAUGCUCAUCAGAAGUACAAGACGGCGCGACAGCUCUUUUCCAAGGCGUGCGAAAGUAACCCGGACAAUACCCGAGCCCAUUACGGUCUAUUCCUGAGUGCUGCUCGUCAUGCGAAUGAAGACAAAGGUAGCGAUAACUACGAGGUUGGGAUCUUCGCCCGCGACAAGCUAGUACAACUCUAUGGCGAAAAGAAUGCUAUGCUGUUACCGUACGUUAAUGAGAUGCUAAAUGACUGGAUUACAGAGUAAAACAAACGUUAUUGAUAAUAUUAUACAAUAUUUUGACGUGCAGAACCGUAGUCAUGGCCUCGUGCUAGGCAUUGGUUGAAUUAGAUAUACAAUACAAUUGUCAUGUUUUCUGCAUCUUCCGGAGGCGAGCACCACACCGUGACGAACAUAGACGCAAUGUACAGCUCGUCACCUGCGCUAACCAGCUAAUGCUUAGUCACACCAGCUAAUGCUUAGUCACUUAGGCAGGGUGUUGCUUCACUUAGGUAGGGUGUUGCUUGAUAGUGAACAGAUGAUACCCGGAUACCGAUGAAAAUUAUCGUAGAAGGUAAUUCUCCGUCACACGCAGAGUAUCGGAAGCAAUUAAGUAUCUCGCCACGGAUGAUGCCUACAAUACAAUUGAGCAAAUGACAAAUCUGUUUCUUUUCUGGAGGUCGUCGGGAGUCGAUGCUCUCCUGACGAAUACACGUACGAAUAGCAUACGCUGUUGUCCUAAUAGCGGAUAAACGAAGGAAUUAUGGCAGUAAAUGACCUAGUUCGUUUUAAAAUGUAUAUCUGGAAUGUUGAAUGAUACUGCAUGGGGGACAAAAAUUGAACUGCUUAUCAAAGAAAACGCACGAUGAUAAAAUCAUUGUGAUGAUA